AACAGCAAGGGACCCUUUUGCUGGCAAGAGAGAGACUCGCCUGACGCCUGAAAGGGGCGGGGAAGGCAGAGGACUGGCAAAGGCAGGGAAGGAGCUGCUGGGGCUGGCAGAGCAUCUCUCUGGCAGCAGAGCCACAGCAGCAGGAGCGGGAUCGUCACGCGUCAGAAUGGAGGCAGGCAGUGGCGAAGAAGAAGAGGGCAACGGGGACGCCUCCUCCUUGCCUUCCUCCCUAGGCUCCUGCGAGGUCCUCUGCUCUGCCUCCACCAAGAAGACCAAAGGGCUCUCCAUCUUCCUGGAUAUACUGAGAAGAGCAGACAAAAAUGAUGAUGGCAAACUGUCCUUUGAUGAAUUCAGAGCCUACUUUGCUGAUGGAAUCCUGAGCAGAGAGGAGCUUCAUGAGCUGUUUCAUGCUAUUGAUACACACAGUACAGACAAUCUUGACACUGAAGAACUGUUUGAAUAUUUUUCCCAAUACCUUGGAGAGUAUGAAUAUGUGUUGUCGGCUUUGGAAGAUCUCAAUGCAUCCAUACUGAAGGCAAUGGACACAACAAAGAAGACUUAUCAGGAGACUUCUAAACUGGAACAGUUUGUGACACGCUUUUUGCUCAAAGAAACCCUGAAUCAGCUCCAUUCUCUCCACAACUCUCUGGAGUGUGCCAUGGAAACCACAGAAGAACAAACACGUCAAGAAAAACAAUGGCCAGCAAAGCCAGAGGUGCUCAAAAUUCAUCAGCCAGGAAAACGUUUAAGUCGAAGACUUCAGAGGCAUAACAGUUUUUCUCCAAUCAGUCCUCUUCUUAGCCAAGGCUGGCUGGAGGAAGACAACCAAUGGAUGACCCAAAUAGACAGACUUCAGAAACUGAUUGACAGGCUGGAACAGAAGGAUGUAAAGCUUGAGCCACUGGAAGAAGAGAUAUCAGAAGGAGACACUAAAUCUCACAUAAUGAUAGUUCAGCGCCAGAUGUCAGUAAUAGCAGAAGAACUUGAGCCAUUCCGAUUUGCUCUGAAGCAGUAUGUGGACACCGCCUCUUCCCAGGAUGGAUGUCUACAUGUUUCUAUUCAGAAGCUUUCAAGUGGACUCCACUUCGUUGUUUAUGAAUUCUGGGAUGACAAUGCCUGGAACAGUCACUUGCAGACAAAUUACAGCAAGACAUUCCAAAGGAGUAACGUGGAUUGCCUGAAAAUGCCAGAACAUAUUACAACAAUGCUAGUGCCUGCUUCCUGGUGGGUGCUGAACAACAACUAGAAGCGCCAUUACAGUUCCACACUAAUAAUAAUCUGUACAUUACUCUAAAAUAGCACCAAGUGAAUAACAGUAAAGCCAAUAAAGUUAACAGAUGACAAGCACUCCUUCAUGGAUGCAGACUCCCAUUUAAAAACAGCUAAGGUGUACAAGUCUUCACAGAUACUUUCAGGAAUGGUGUGAAUUGGUCUUUGUUUCAAAUGUUUUUUGUUUUAUUUAUCUUUUAUUUUACUGUAUGUAUUAACUGUUUGUAAAGUAUCUUGUGAAUUUAUUUUCAGAAAUCAAGAAGAAUAUACGUAUAAUGAAUAAUAAUGCUAUAAGCUUGUAUUGGUCACAGCUGCCUUUGCUUACUAACUUGAUGUGCAGUAAAUCAGCCCAACUACAUGUACAGAAGUGGUGCAUAAAGUUUGCAAACAAAGUGUGAUUAUUAUUUUCGUAUUUGUUUGUAAGUAGUGGAUAGGAAAGAUUCAGCUUUUGCUGCUCUGUUUUGUGAACUGAACUCCUAUUUGAUAGCUUUAGGUCGAUACAUAGGACCUCAAGAAAACAAUUUGCAAAACAGCAAACACCAUUCCACCUUGAAUUUCAUGGAACAGUAAUAAAGUUUAGUGGUUAGGGAAAUAUAACAAAUUUGUUAGCAUCUUUCCCAAAGGCUACAGAAACCAAUAAGUACCUUUCAUUACUUCCAACAAGGGCUAUGUAGUUAAGUCUUAUUCAGUUACUGGAAGACAAAACAGAGCAAAUAAAUAUAACAAAAAAAUAAGCAUCGGGUAAAAAGAGUUACUGUAUAUUUUAUAAUCUGAGAUUAUAAACAAGAGAUCAAAAUUCCUUUUUAGAGAGAGAGAAAUGGUAUUACCGAAUCUUCUGUUCACCCCACUUAAUAUAAUAGUUCAACCUCAAUGACAGUUAAAUUUAGCUGGAUUUGGGCCUUCAUCAUCUCUCUACCAUGAAACUGUAUAGCAAGACAUAUAAAAUUCAUUUGGCCCAUCUGCUGCUCAGCUUGUUCUUGAAAUCAUGAAGGAUUUAUUACUACAUUGUUCAAAGGUCCUACAAAAUUAUAGGCGAAAGUAUUGAUGCCAUUAUUAAAUUCCAGCUCUACAGCCCAAGCCAAAAUCAGCUUUUGUUGAAUAUUCAAAAUUCACUCAAACUUUGAUUUUAUAAAUAAAUGUCAAAUGAAGAAUGCUGAAGUAUUAUCAAGUUCAAAAAAGAAAAACAGAUAUAAUACAUCAAAAAUGAUAUGAAUUUAAGUUUGAAGCCAGAACCCUUUGGGGGCAUUACACAAGUGAAAAAAUAGGUGCACAAAUGGUUCUCCUCUCUCAAGUGUUAUAUGUGUGUAACUACAGCAGUCCAUUGUUCCACAACAACACAGACAGCGCCCUCACUUUUGACCUUGUGACUGCAGAGCUAAUUAAUCAUUGUACAUCAGUGUGCUGAAAAGCAGGCAUCUGUUGCACAAUCAGUUGCACAAAUGUGGCAUCUAACAUAACUAUACUGCAGUAUAUUUACCCUACGUUAAAAGUAAACAGGAUCUCAGCCAGAGUACACCAAUUAGCAUCCCUUAUAAAUCCUAUACAGGUUUAUAUAGUAGUUUCCCUUAUUUAGAAAACUGAAUAUUUCAAAUACCAAAACCUUUUUCAUGGAUGGGUGAGAUAGUGGCACCUUUGAUUUCUGAUGAUUCAAUGUACACAAACUUUGCUUGAUAUGUAACCUAAAUGAAUUUUGUAUUUCAGUUUGGGUCCCACCUCCAAGAUAUCUCAUUAUGUACGUACGUGAAAAUACAGGAAUUCCAAAUUCUAGCUAGCUAGCUAGCUAGCUACUGCCAACAUCCAAAACACUUUUCGUCCCCAAGCAUUUCUGAAAAGAGAGACUCAGCCUGUAUUGUUUAGUAACAAGAAGCUUUUGGAAUUUUCACUGUUCGUGUUUUGUGAUUAAGCUAUAUUUAGCGACUUUUGAAGCUGUAAUGUAAGUUGCAUUUCAAAAACUACUUUCCCAUCUUUAUUUACUUCCUUUCUUCUUUAUGCUGAUGUUACAGAUCAAUAUAUUUACGCUGAAUUUACAAAUUGCCUAGAAUCAAUUCUACAGCAGAUCAACUUGAUUUGUUGUUUAAGAAGAAUUACAGUGAUUUCCUUGU